GAAGUUGAACGUAAAAUGCGCUGUGCAUAUACAGUAUCUGUACCGUAAGCGACCAGGAGCGGCGAUCUUGUACUUUGCAUCGCGUGCCUUUGAGCUGCAUGAUUGCUUAGCAACACGAACAAAAAAAGUUUCUGCACAGUGUGACUGGACAGAUGAUUAAAGCAGGCGAGUAGAUUCGGCUAGUCGCUGAAAGCCACCUGUGCAGGACGCACCUGUCGCCAUCUCCGGAAGUGGAUUCGCUGCUUAUUUUCAUCGUUAAGAGGCGGUAGCUGGUCGGCAUAAUUGUACUAUAUGUUUAUAUAUGAGAUUCUAAAAGUAAGGUAACGUUGAUCUACAGAGAUCCGACAGUUUUCAGUCGGCUGCACCUGUCAAGCCCACUGCAUGCCCGGUGGCUGUUUAAGGCCCCCGAUGGCUCGGACAACAGUUGAAGUGCCGGACGACACGGAUUUCAACCGAUUCCAGGAGGAAUGCGAGUCACAGGACGGCUGGAUUUCCAAAUAUAAGAAGUCUGGGAUGGAGGUUUUAGUUCAGCCCCCUCCAUCCGUGGCCGCGGGUCAAGGGGACAGGAAUAGCCUCUCGACGAUUCACAGGUUAAAGUGCCGAAUGGAAGUGAAGGAUGUUUCAGCUGCCACCAUGUAUGAUGUCCUGCAUGAUGGGGAGUACCGCCGGAAGUGGGACAGCAGUGCCAUUGAAAGCUUUGACAUUGCCCGCAUCACUGCCAACGCUGAUGUGGGAUACUAUUCUUGGAAGUGUCCAAAACCACUUAAAAACAGAGACGUGGUGACCCUGAGAUCCUGGCUGGUCAAGGAUGGAGAGUACAUGAUUAUCAACUAUUCUGUCAAGCAUCCAAAGUACCCUCCUUCGAAGGACCUUGUUCGGGCAGUGUCUAUUCUCACGGGUUACCUGGUGAAGUCUACAGGACCAAAAAGCUGUACUCUAAUCUACAUGUCUCAAGCUGACCCCAAAGGUUCACUUCCCAAAUGGGUGGUAAACAAGGCUUCACAGUAUUUAGCGCCCAAGGUGCUAAAGAAGAUCCACAAAGCAAGCCAGCGAUACGAAGAGUGGAAGGUGCGUCACUCCCCAGAUCAGAAACCAUGGCUUUACCCUGAGCAGAACACAUUACCCUCCGUCAAACUCUCUGAGCUAUCCAUACAACGAGCUGAAUCACUGGAACAAGUGGAUGAGAGCACACUGAAUGAAGAGAAAGAGAGUGAAGAGGAAGAGGACCGUAAUGGUGUCAAGAAAUGAGUACCCUUUUUCUAUACAGGCACUGUUGUCACUGGAGAGAAUCAUCCAAUUAUCCUCAAAUCUAACUCAUGAAGAUGAUGGGAUCUGGAAUAGUUUUUGGCACAAAUCAGUAAUACUAAAGUAAAUUACAGACAUAGACAUUCUCAUAACGCGGUUUCUAAACAGUGGAUAUUAAAAUGGUUAAAAUACACAAGGUUGGAUAAGAAUUGUCCAUUUCUAUUGGAUUUCUCAAAUUUUUGUUCCCACUUCCAACUUGGGUAGGGAAGUGAAACACAGGUGUGCCUUAGUGGGGUCGGUAUGCUUAGUAACUGGUAAAUGACAAACUACUUGAGCAGCAAGUGUAGUCAAAAUGAACGGAGGAGUAUCAAACCGUUGCUGGCAUUGUAAACAGGCCCUUUUCAUGUCACUGCCCAUUUUUUUUCCAGAUCAUUUUUAAAUACAGUUUGUAAAAAUCCUUUUUCUCUUUAUAUAUUUUCUGAAAUUGGGCACAUUUGAAAUAAAUUACACUAAUCGGGUAACUAAACUAAGCUGUACAUAACUUUUUGACCCCAGUGCAGGCUCUUCUUGUUUGGUGCCAGUAUUAUACAGAAGUAUAGUGGAUGGUCACAAGUUAUCCCUGGCACUCACAUCCUUGGGAAUUUCUUGUGUAGUCAGUGAGCCAUGCUUCCUUUUUAACCAAUUUUAUUAAAAAAGAGGACUAGAGCAAACUGACAUAUUGUAAUAUUGCAACAGCCUUACAGUUCUGAAAAACAUUACCAUUCAAGUGCCAUAAAUAUGUCAUCAUCCUUGUUUACUAAGAGGGAAUGUAAUGGAUUUAGAAUCUUGUUAAAUAAUGAAGUAGCAUACAGAUGUGAACGUUACAUGACCUUAUUGUCUACAAGAAAAAAUAAAGUUGAAUCCAAAGCAAAAAAAAAAAAAAUAUAUACAGAUGUUGUUUAUUUUGACUGUACAUUAUAAACAUAUUCCAUAAUGA